CCCAGGGAUAUUCCAAGAUGGUGGACGAGGUCAAACAUAGGGCGUUACUAAAAAUGUCAACAAAAUGAUCGAUAUUUACUAAUAUUUCUUAUCCAAAAUGGUCAAAUAUGUUUAAAAAGAAUCGGCCAAAAUCAGGCUUAUUUUCUGACAGCAGAGAAUCAGUAGAAAGCAAAGGAAGCAGUGGAAAUCAAGUGACACCACACUCUAGCCGUGAGAAUAUAGCAUCAGGGACAGAGAUGCGUUUAAUAGAUGGAGGCUCUAGUGGCUCACUGAACCGUAGCGUUCAGUUUCAACUACACUAUCUAGGAAUGGUGCAAGAUCUUCACUCUCAACCAGUAGGGGGACAGGACACCAGGGUGCAGAUAAUUGAUAAAAUCGAAGAAGCUCAGAUUGAGAAUAAGAUCCACAUCAAACCUGCUGAAGAUGACUUGGUAAAGAUGGUCAUAUCUAAACAUGGUGUCAAAGUCAUGAAAACCACCAGGGAGGAGGUUCUUCAAAGGCAUCCACUACAUACAGUAGCACAGCUGAUAGAAUACAUAGACACUUCAGGCAGGACUAAUCUGGCUUUAAAAAUUGUUCGCCAAAUAGAGAGCCUCAAGGCUGACUGUUACGUCUUCCAGUGCCAUAAUGUAGAUCAGGCCUCCCGUAUAUGUCGGGCUUUACAGAAUGUUUUUGAAGCAGUUGUGCAAAGUGUAUGAUACUGUUAUCAAGUGUACCUCAGU